AUGUUAAAGUGGCUUCAAGGUAAUAUUUCUGCUGUGACCGGGAUUGCAGAACCAGAAUAUGGUCAAGAAUAUAUUCACACUGUGGGAGAUAAGUUGAAAGGUAAGCAACCUUACCAUUCUACAACCCGUGAUGAUUUUGCAUGGCAGAAUCCAGAUCACACUAAUGUUGAGACCGUGACUUUCUAUUUUAGUGAUCUGAAGACCGGUAUCGUUGGGUUCGCUCAAGUGAUUCAUUCCAGUGUGAUUCCAAUGCAUAAAGCUGCUCAAUUCACCUUCAGAAUAUAUGACUCUACAAAACCUGAGGAUCUUAAUCUCUGGACCUCUACAAAACUAGAGAAUUUUAGAACCGAUGGUCCAAAUUUUUACGCCGAUGACUUAUCAAUUGAAUUAUCUGAAGACAAUACUCAUUAUCAUAUCGUUUCAAAUGUUUGUGAAAGAUCUACUGUUGACUUAUAUAUUACAAGAUUGACUCCUGGUGCUAAAGCUGGUGAAGAUCCAACCACUUACUAUGGUGAUAACUUGGACGUUCCUUGGGGUACUAUGAGACAUGUAUUCUGGCCAAGAAACUCAUGUCAUGGUACUAUCAAGGUUAAGAAGGUUGUUGAGGUCGAUGAAGUCGAGGUUCUUGCAACAGAAGUAGAAGGUACUACUUUGGAAGAUGCCGAAGAACAAGAACAAGAGGAAGAUGAGGAAGAAGAAGAAGAGGACUCCGACUCUGAAUAUGAUUCUGAUUCUGAUUACGAGGACGAAAUUGAUGUUGUUUACGAAGACCGUACCUACACUUUUGAAGUUGAUGAUCCAGCUUACUCUAUGUUUGUUAUGGCUUUACAAGGUAUGAAGCCUCAUCAUGCUGCUAAAGCUUGGAAUUUUGUCUAUGUUCAUACUCCUGAGCACACUGCAUUGUUGAUCGAAUAUAUCACACCUAAGUCAUACGCAAACACUAAGGUCACUGUCGGUGUCGUUACCUCUAAGGAUGAGGUUAUGAUGCUCUCAUUAGAUAACAACUAUGAGCAUUUGAAUCCAGAGGUAGAUGAAGUUGGCUGGCCUGUACCACACAACAUUAAGGUGGAAUUCAAUGGUAUUUCAAGGAAUGUCACUGAUGAACAAAUUGAAAAUGAAAGUUAUACCGAGAAGGAUAAAGUUACUGCACUAAUUGAAGCUCCAUUGAAAAAUAUGGUAGAAAGAGUCGACGUCAUGGGAGAAAUCCCAGGCUUUGUCAAGAACAUUGUUUCUGGUAUCGCAGGUACUAAACCUUUCAUAUAUCAAUAUUCCAACGACGAGUUCACUCUCCAAGUCAAUGAUGGUAAGAAGUCUACGGGUCUAGGUUGGGCUGAAGUCACUUUUAUCUCUCAAUCAGAAGUUGUCGAUGCUGAGUCCUAUAACGAAGAUUAA